ACCGCAGCUAUUGUUGUUCAAGGAAGGAACCACUCUACAUUGAUCUCCCGCUUCUCUAUGGUGGUUGGGAGGGUUAGGAUUGAAGGGAAGUGGUUACGUCACGUCUAUGCUGUAUUAGCGUCGGAGAAGAUGGCGGAGAAGAAGGGGCAAACGGGAGGAGGUGAUGCGGAGAGACCAGAAGAAGAGGCAGAAAAAGCAGUGAACACUAAGAAUGUUUCUUCCAGCAAUGGAGGAGAGAGCUCAAGCCGCAGCGCAGAGAAAAGGGCAGCUGAGGACUCCAAGAAUGCACCUCAUCCAUUUAAAGUUUCUAAAAUUGGGUUUGCGAUAGGAAAUCAGAAUCUGAAGAAAUCACAGCCCAUAUCAAUAAAACUUGGAGCCAGUAAACCUAAAGAAGUAGCACCAGCCGUGGUUAAAAAAAAGACUGCAGUGGCAUCAGUAUUUAAUGAUGAUGAUGAUAGUGAGCCUGAAGAAAUGCCCCCAGAGGCAAAAAUGCGAAUGAAAAAUAUUGGAAGGGAUACACCAACAUCUGCUGGGCCAAACUCGUUCAACAAAGGAAAGCAUGGAUUUUCGGACAGUCAGAAACUGUGGGAACGGAAUAUGAAAGCUCAGUUGGAUAACAAACCUGAUGAAUGAAACCUUUUGGUUGUGUGUGUGUGUGUGGGGGGGGGGGGGGUUUAGAUGAGGCUGUUAAGCAGUUUUUGGUGGUUAAUUCUAGGAAUUUUUUUUUUUUUUUUUUUUUUUUUAAAGGAUGGAUACAUUUCAAAUUGUUUUUUUUAAUGAUGCUCAUAUAGCACACAAAUAAAAAUGCUAAAAUACUAUCUUGUCUUAGAACAUUUGACACAUACUGGUAGUUGUGUGGGUUAUGUCUGUCAAUCAGUACUCCAAAUCACAUUGUUAACUGGACAGCAUAAAUGUAUUUAUGUAAGGCAGGGUCCUCAAACUGCGUCUACAGACAGGUAGUAGCCAGGGGUGAGGAUGCAGCGGGGGGCGCGGCUAAAUUACCUCUGGGGGCCAUAGUUUAAGGAUCCCUGAUGUAAGGGAUACACAUGAUCUAUCAUUUUUUGAUUCGGCUCAAUUCCAAAUCUUUCACAAUGUUUAACCAAAGCCAAACCCUCAAUUGAAUUAUCACAAAAACAAAAAGCACAUAGUCUAGAGAAAAUCUGUAAUUUGACAGGGUUUGGAUUCACCUGAACAACUAGGAUUCAGUCUUUUCCAAAUUAUUAUUAUUGGUCCAACAAACACAAACCAGUAUUGAAUUAAGUGGAUCCCUAAUAGUUUUGUAGGGGGAAAACAAGUCGGUUGAGAGAGAAUCCAUACUUUUGUGAUGGUUAUUAAAUUGUAUAAAAAAUAGAAAGUAAGAAUGACGUACAGAAAUGUAAUUUGUAGUAACUGUCACAGAAGUCUUCCCCUCAGUAACAAUACUACUGCAGAAAAACCAGUCCAUGGCGCCUUUGGCCUUGUGCUUUAUGCGGUCAUGGAACUCUUUGGUGAUUUAUAAUACAUUAUUCUCUCUGUGUCAUAUAUCUAUCUAUAUCACAGGCCAGCACCACUGAACAUAAAUAACAUAUGAGAAUUUUUGGGUACACGUGCAAUAAAAGACAUCCACUAGUUUAAAAAAAAAAAUCAUAUACCUUCAAUAAAGCACAGCACUCCCAAUGAUGCUCCAAUAUAGUGGUUUAAUAAGUUGACCCCACCAUGCUAUAAAGAGGUGGUAGACUAUUUAGACCAGUGCUGUUGAACUUUUGUGGCACAGAGGGCCAAUAAUGGAAGCCAGUUUUGACCACUCCCCUUUUUUUAAACUACUCCAACUUCAAACCACACCCAUAUUAUCACAAGACCUUUUAAAACCAUACCCACAUUAAUGGUGGUAGGGCAGGAAAACCCCAAAUGGUUGAUGCUCACUGCAGAAACCCUUUGUUCUUAUGUGAAAAAAAGUUUAUAAUGUCAUAUGAAGGCAUACCCUUAAAUCCAUAUGCCUCUCCUGUGGAUAGCACAUUAACCCCCAGCACAUAAUUAAACCCCUUAGGGACCAUAUAAUGACUAUUUCCAAAUGUGAACAAACCCCUGCCAGUCAUCUCCCACAGGCAGCAUAGAGUAGGCAGAGUACGGCACACACAGGCAGAAUAGGGCAGGCAGUACAUAAAGUGACACAAUGCUGGCACUGCUCCUUCAGUCUGUCUGAAGUGUGAACAAUGUGGGGGCUUACAGUCUGAGCCUGAGUUGGGAACAAUGCAGGUAUUAAAAGGUGUGAACAUUACAGGGGUAUACAGCCUGAAUCUGAGGCGUGAGCAAUACAGGAGGGCCAGUUAAUCUCUGUGCAGAUAGCAUUUAAAGCUUACACAAACAUAUACAGUCACAGCAGCCAGACAGGUGGGCGGACACUGGUUGGCCAGUACUGAUGUAGACAAUUAGGGCUUGACAAAGGGAACGGAUACUUCCGAAACGUUAUUGUCUUGAAUUAUGUCAGUCAUGGUGGUGUCAACUUAUUAAACACUCCGUUAGAGAAUCAAUGUGAGUGCUGUGCUUUAUUGAAUAUUAUAUAUAUGGGUUGAACUUGAUGGGCUUUUUUUUUUUUUUUUUUUUUUAAUCCAAAUUAACAUAUCACUUGCAAUUACAAAUAGGAAAAUACCAUAACCAAGACAUUGCCGCAGUUUUUUGGGUUUUUUUUUUGUAAAGCCAAUCUGAUGUGGUUAGCUAAUACUUUUGCAGUGCAAAUUAGUGUUACUGCAAGAUUUCUGUCUGGGUUUUUAAUCAAAUUUUAAAUAACCCUAAAAUUGCUUCCUCCACCAGAGGUGCAGGCUAAUAGAGCCUGCACUUUGGUUAGGGAAAACUCUUUUUUUAAAAAAAUAAAUAAAUAAAAAAAAGCCCCCUACAGCACUUUGGGGCAGGCAUCCAUAUUGUGGCACAGACAUGCACAUAAGGAGUGCCCCACAACUCGCUCAUUAUGCACAUGUGUGACGUACGUGGGUGAGUCGCAUCCACCACACGUGUGCACUUCUGGUGCAAGAAGCAAUUUCAUUGUGAUAGGUGCAUUUUAAAUAAAUGGAUUUGAGGAUGCAUAAGGGAACUUAAUAAAUUAUAUCAAUUAAAA